AUGUGGACACUAUGCCGCAUCUGGCGUUGUGGAUGGUCAGGUGAAUUUUAUGGACAGUAUGAAUAUGUCGGUCCCGUCUUCGGGUUUUUUGUACAAGCCCUACGCCAGCUGUAUGGUUCAAAACGUGUACNNNNCCCUCACUUUGACGCUGACAGAGCUGAGCAGUUGGGCGCCGAGGAGGACCAGAGGGUCGAUGGUGGUGCUGCUGCUACUCCGGGGAUGGUCGGGCGUGCUGUUGGUCAUUACAAAAAUGCUGAAGGGAAGAAGCAUAUCGUCAAGUGA